CAUAUAUAAAAAAGGAGAUCAUUACCAGCUUCUGUACUGUGCAUUUGAUCACAUUGGUGUACAUUCUGGAUACCUCCUCUUGGCUUAUUUGCAGCUACUGUAAACGUGUAUACAGACAGUGAUGGUUGGGAUUGCCUGGAAGAAACUGUUGAUUGCUGGUGUAACAGGCCUUGCUUGUGGGAAGGGUUACAUGUGGCUGAGGCAGUAUCCCGACACUGUGCGACCUAUUGUCUACUGCUCUGCACUCUCAGGUGUAUCUGGCGUGGUGUUGGGGUUGGGUGUGGCUGUAUACAGGGACCUCCCUAGUCAUGUCUAUGCUCUCUCUACUGGGGCCAACUUUGCACUCGUCACAGCAACUUUCCUCGGUGUCAGACAUAUCAUUUUGCGGCCACUGAGCAGCACAGAGAGGGCCACGCCCCUCACACUUCGACAGGCUGAGUUUGUGAGCAGUGGAGCUAGUGGAGGCAUUGCUAUCACCGUAGCUACCACCCUAUCCAAACGGAGCUUUCGCUCUAUUAUGAUAAGCGGCAGUGUGGGUGUUGGCCUAGGACUGCUGAGUCAGCUACUCUACCUCUUGUUUGAGCACUGGAGACAGAUGAAGGCAAUUGAGAUCCACCACCCUGAACUGUCAGGGAGAGAGGAGAAGACAGCGUGGACCUUAAAACUGUUUGAAGAGCGUUUCAUGACUUUCUGGCAUAAACGCUCAAGAGCUAUUCAGGCUGACACUGACAUUGUUGUCUUGAGUGAGAGUAUAAAAGACGAGGAAAGGAGAAUCAAAGAAUUGGACCAGCUUCUCAAAGACGAAGGUGUUGUCCCUAUAAUUAAAGAAGAUUUUACUAAAGACAGGGCUGCACAUGCUGGUAGAGACAAUUCAGCAAUAGCUAGAACAGAUUUGAAACUGUCGGAUACAAGAUAGAUAGAUAUUGGCAAUGUGUUUGUGUGGUUAUUGUUCUGUGGCUGUUCAUCAUGUUCAUCACAUCA